AAAGAGAUCUGGGUAGUUUUUAUGGAUGGUAAUGGAUGUUGAUUACAGAGGAAUCUUGUAUGUGUAUGUAUGGAUAUAUUAUGCAAUUCUUUUUUCUAUCUCAAACAUGGUGUAUGGUGUGACAAAUGCAAAUGAUUUGAAGAUUCUUAUCGAAUUCAAAAAUGGGUUAGAGAACUCAGAGCUCCUAAAAUGGCCUGCAAAAGGAAAUGACCCUUGUGGUCCUCCUACAUGGCCUCAUAUUGUCUGCUCAAAAGGCAGAGUCACACAGAUUCAUGUUCAAGGCUUGGGGUUAAGUGGUCCCUUACCUCAGGACUUUAACCAGCUUGACAACCUGGAAAGUCUUGGCCUUCAGAAGAAUGAUUUCUAUGGCAAACUCCCAACUUUCAAUGGCUUAGAGAAUCUACAGUCUGUGAACUUGGAUGGAAACCAGUUUGAUACCAUUCCUUCAAGUUUUUUCCACGGCCUUAAUAGUAUCCGUGUUUUGACUAUGGAUGACAACCCAUUGAAUAAGUCAACCGGGUGGUCCAUACCUCUUGACCUUCAAGGAUCUACUCAGUUAGCCAACUUUUCAUGUUCAAAUUGCAAUAUAGUAGGAACUUUGCCGGGGUAUUUUGCAGAACUCCCUUCUCUGGUUGCAUUGAAACUUUCUGGUAAUAGACUUAGCGGCAGCAUUCCAAACAGUUUUCGCCAAUCAAUGCUUCAGGUCUUGUGGUUGAAUAAUCAGGGUGGUGACGGGAUGACGGGUUCAAUUGAUGUCAUUGGCUCCAUGGUCAGGCUCAAAUCUGUUUGGCUUAACGGGAACAGAUUUAGUGGAGAAAUCCCCGAUAACAUCGGGAAUUUGACUUCUUUAAAGGAUCUGAACCUGAAUGGGAACCAACUUGUUGGUCUGGUUCCCAAAGGAUUGGCUGAUUUGAAUCUUCAGGCGUUAGGUUUGCAUGGGAAUUUACUAAUGGGUGCAAUUCCAAAGUUUAGAGCUUCCAAAGUCACUUACUCUUCGAAUUCUUUCUGUCAACAAGAACCGGGUGAACCUUGUGCUCCAGAAGUUAAUGCCUUGAUACAAUUCCUUCAUGAGAUGAAUUAUCCGCCCCGCCUUGCCGCGGAAUGGACAGGUAACGAUCCUUGCAAGGGGCAAUGGUGGGGUAUCACUUGUAAUCCAAAUGGUAAUGUGUCCAUUAUUAAUCUCCAAAAGCUUGAUCUUGAGGGUACCUUGAGUCCUUCACUUGCAAGCUUGAAUUCACUGGUUGAGAUUCGCUUGCCCGGAAACCAUUUGCACGGGAAAGUUCCAGCGGAGUUGACUUCAUUGAGAUCUUUGAGAUUGUUGGAUAUUAGCGGGAACAAUUUUGACUUGCCGUUCCCACAAUUCAAUGAUAGAGUGAAGGUAAUCACUGAUGGCAAUCUUGCUUUGAGUCCUUCAAGUAGUCUCAUAUUGUCUCCUCCUGAUCGCCCAUUCACACCUUUACCAGAUCCAAGUUUCUUAAUCAAUGGUUCCUUAACUGUCAACCAUUCGCCGCCGUCGAUAGACAGCCCCCAGUCGAUGGACAGCCCGCCUCCUCUCCCUGUUAACGUCACAGAUUCGGACACAAAGUCUGUCAUAGUUUUCACUGUGGCAGUCAGUGUAGCUUCUACAGUGCUUGUCCUACUAUGUGUCAUUUACCUUUGUUACCUCUGGAAAAAGAGAAGGCCAAAUAAGAUUUAUGGUGCGACUAUGUUCAAUCCCAGUAAAGAUCGAUGGAGUGAUGACAUUAGAAUCACGAUCAGUGAUGAGUCCCCAACGGAGGAUGGAACCCCUAAUCUGAAUAUUUUAGUUCCACUUCAUAUCCUCCGAUCUGCGACAAACAAUUUCUCCCCCCAUAAUGAGAUUGGCCGCGGAGGAUUUGGAGUGGUUUACAAAGGGGUGCUUGACAAUGGCACUCAGGUUGCAGUGAAGAGAAUGGAAGCAGGGAUUGUUAGUGGUAAAGUGGUGGAUGAAUUUCAGGCAGAGAUUGCUGUUCUUUCUAAAGUACGCCAUCGCCACCUCGUGUCACUCUUGGGUUACUCUAUGGAAGGAAAUGAGAGACUCUUGGUGUAUGAGUACAUGGGACAGGGAGCUUUGAGUAAGCAUCUUUUCCAUUGGAGAAGCCUCGACUUGGAGCCGUUGUCAUGGACAAAAAGGUUGAUAAUUGCUUUGGAUGUCGCUAGAGGGAUGGAGUACCUUCACAGUCUCACGCACCAGAGCUUCAUACACAGGGACCUCAAAUCAUCCAAUAUUCUUCUUGGGAAUGAUUUCAGAGCCAAAGUUUCUGAUUUUGGAUUGGUGAAACUCGCUCCUGACAGAGAUAUGUCUGUUGCAACUAGGCUUGCUGGAACAUUUGGGUACCUUGCUCCAGAAUAUGCAGUGACCGGGAAAAUUACAACGAAAGUGGACGUCUUCAGCUUUGGGAUGGUUCUGAUGGAACUUUUGACAGGCUUAACAGCGCUCGACGAACGUCGUUCAGAAGAGAGGCGAUAUUUGUUGGAUUGGUUUUGGAAAAUGAAAGCAGAGAAAGAAACUCUUCUGGCUGCCAUUGAUCCAACUCUUGAACCAAAAGAACAGAUCUAUGAUAGUAUUUGUAUAGUCGCAGAGUUGGCCGGACAUUGCACAUCAAGUGAUCCUAACCAUCGGCCCGAAAUGGGGCAUGCCGUUAAUGUUUUAGCUCAACAGGUUGAGACAUGGAAACCUGUGGAGCAUCCGAACGAUUGUCCUGCCAUUGAUUUGUCUUUGCCUCUUCCUCAGAUGUUAAAGAUCUGGCAAAAUGAACGAACCGAAGAUUUCAGUUACCUAAGCCCAUACAGCAAAGGGAAAAACAACAAUGCUAGAUGAAUUUUUGAGACCUCUCUUUCAGCUUUCAAGUUUGAAGAAAGUCCAGCAAGUCAAACCUCAUUCUCCAACAAUCCUCAGGGACAUGUAGUCGGUGGAAGAAAGUAAUGAGAGGGAUGCCAUGCACAUCGGUCCAUGGAAAUUGCUAUUUUAACAACAGGUUUGACACCAUUGAUGACACUACUAUGUCUCAUACAUACAUGUACUUACAAUGAUUGUCUAUGCAUCAUGUAUGUUUGUGAGAGACAAUGGUGUCAUCAAUGGUGUCAAGCUUGGCGUCGCUAUAGCAUGGUCCAUCAGUCUAAUGCUACAUAUGUUUACGCGCAUUAUACCGGUGCUCCAGGUCUAUAUGAUUUGGUGCUGGAGUCAUCUGAAGGGGUUGAUAUACUGACAUCUUGUAUAUGGGAAAUUUUUCUCUGUGACCAUUCAUGCUUAUCU